AAAACAAUCACAUCUAUAAACGUUUUCUUCACUCUCUCUGCUACUUGUCUCUCAAAAGAAAUGCAAUUGUGAAAGCCCUAAACUAACCGUGAAGAAGACGAUGGAUCGCAAGGGAAAGGGUAAACAGGUCGCCGGUAGUGAUUCGUAUUCCGGCGGACAGAAAAGGAAAAACUCCGUCGAAUUCAGAGAUGAAGGUUUGAGGAUUAAGAAGCGCAAAAACCCUGAGGUUCUUCAGUUCUUCGAAGAAUCAGCUGAAGUUGGCUACUACGGAGGCAGCUCCGACGAAGAUGAUGACGGAUUAGGUUUCCUUAACGAUAUGGAAGACGAGCCUGAGGUGGAAGAGAGUAGUAAGGCUGGCAAGGGAGAAAAGGGCAAAUCAUCCUUUGUUUUUCCCAAGGAAGAAGAUUUAAACGAGGAGGAAUUUGAUAGAAUAAUGGAAGAAAGAUACAAGCCAGGUUCUGGUUUUCUUAGAUAUGCUGAUGAUGAUAUCAAAGAUGCCAUUGAGAUGGAUGCUCUUGCUCCAACCUCCAAGGAUCCUCCUAUAUGGAAAGUCAAGUGUGCGAUUGGACGGGAGAGGCGAUCCGUUUUCUGUCUCAUGCACAAAUUUGUUGAGCUGAGAAAGAUAGGCACCAAAUUGGAGAUCAUAUCUGUUUUUUCUGUGGACCAUGUCAAAGGUUUCAUUUUCAUAGAAGCGGACAAGGAACAUGAUGUUCUUGAGGCAUGCAAGAGUUUAGUUGGUAUAUACGCUACUCGGAUGGUGUUACUUCCUAAAGCCGAAACUCCAAAUCUGCUAACUGUCCAAAAAAAAACUAAAAAAGUUUCUGAGGGAACAUGGGCUCGUGUUAAGAAUGGUAAAUACAAAGGAGAUCUUGCUCAGAUUGUGGCUGUGAGUGACACUCGGAAUAAAGCACUAAUAAAGCUAAUUCCGAGGAUUGAUAUUCAGGCCUUGACCCAGAAAUAUGGUGGGGGAGUUACUGUCCAAAAAGGCCAGACUCCAGCUCCAAGAUUGAUCAGUUCAAGCGAGCUCGAGGAGUUCAGACCUCUCAUUCAAGUGAGGCGAGAUCGUGAUACUGGAAUAACUUUUGAACAUCUUGAUAGUCUGAUGCUGAAAGAUGGGUAUCUCUAUAAGAAAGUAUCCUUAGAUUCAAUAUCUUCCUGGGGGGUUAUACCAACGAAGGAUGAGUUACUAAAAUUUACGCCUGUAGACCGAAAAGAAACUGGUGAUGUAGAGUGGAUCUCAGAAAUUUAUGGUGAAGAAAGGAAGAAAAAGAUUCUUCCAACCUGCAGAGAGGGUGGGAAAGGAGAAGGAUCAGGGGGUGGAAAAGGAGAAGGAUCAGGGGGUGGAAAAGGAGAAGGGUCAAGGGGUGGAAAAGGAGAAGGUUCAUCAGAUUUCAAGUCAGAAAGUAGCUAUGAGUUAUAUAAUCUAGUUUGUUUCAGUCGAAAAGACUUUGGUCUGAUUGUGGGUGUGGAUGACAAAGGUGACGGUUACAAGGUUCUGAAAGAAGGUAUAGAUGGACCCGUUGUAGUCACUGUUGGAAAAAAAGAAAUGCAGAAUGGACCGUUUGAUUCAAAAUUUACUGCCUUGGAUCUGAACAAGAAACAAAUAUCAGUAAAUGAUGUUGUGAAGAUUUCCAAAGGCCCAUCCGAGGGUAAACAAGGAGUUGUAAGGCAAGUAUACAGAGGGAUCAUAUUCCUUUAUGAUGAGAGCGAGGAAGAAAAUGGUGGAUAUUUCUGCUGCAAAUCACAAUCAUGUGAGAAAGUUAAACUCUUUACUGAAGAGUCCAAUGAGAAGACUGGUGGAUUUGAUGGUACAGCUUUUGAAGAUUUUGUAUCCUCCCCAAAAUCGCCGCUAUCUCCUGAAAAAGAGUGGCAGCCCAGGGAAAGAUACAAUAGCUCCAACCAAGGAGACAUAGGUAGCACGUAUUCUAUAGGCCAAAAGCUGAGGAUACGGGUGGGUCCAUUGAAGGGGUAUCUCUGCCGUGUAAUAGCUUUACGUUAUUCUGAUGUUACAGUCAAGCUUGAUUCCCAGCAUAAAAUUUUCACAGUUAAAAGUGAGCAUCUUGCUGAGGUUCGCGACAGAAACACUGUGCUAAGUACAAGUGGGGAUGCGGGUACUGGUUCCUUUCAACCUUUUGGCAUGCUUGGAACAGAAAGCAGCACUGGAGACUGGGCGAUAGGAGCAGGGACGUCAAGUGAGGGUGGUAACUGGAAUAUAGGAGGCCCUUCUACUGACUCGAACCCAUGGGGCGGCAGUAAGCCUACGUCUGACGUCUCGCCAACAGUUGCAGAUGAUAAUACUUCAGCAUGGGCCAAUGCAGCAGCUGAGAACAAACCUGCCUCGGCUAGUGAUCAACCUGGUGGUUGGAAUCCCUGGGGUAAAACACCUGCUUCUGAAGCUGGCACUGUUAGUGGAUGGGGAGAUACAAGUGCUUCAAAUGUUGAAGCUUCUUCGUGGGAAAAACAAGGAGCUUCUACUUCCAAUGUUGCAGAUUUAGGUUCCUGGGGUACGCAUGGUGGAAGCUCUGGUGGUAAUAAGCAAGAUGAGGACUCGGUAUGGGGUAAACUAUGUGAAGCUUCUGAAUCAAGUCAGAAGAAAGAAGAAUCGUCUUGGGGUAAGAAAGGGGGAUCAGAUGGAGAAUCUAGUUGGGGAAACAAAGAUGGAAAUUCCAGCGCAAGUAAGAAAGAUGGAGUUUCCUGGGGACAACAGGAUAAAGGCUCUGACGAGAGCAAGGGAGGAUCUGCAUGGAGUAAUCAAUGUGGAGAUUUUGGUUCAGGGAAGAAAAAAGAUGGUUCUUCUGGUUGGAACAAGUCAGCAGAAGAUUCCAAUGCCAAUAGUAAGGGAGUUCCUGACUGGGGCCAACCAAAUGAUGGCUCUUCAUGGGGUAAAAAGGGUGACGGAGCGGCAUCGUGGGGUAAAAAGGAUGACGGAGGCUCGUGGGGUAAAAAGGAUGACGGUAAUAAGGAUGAUGGAGGAUCAUCGUGGGGUAAGAAAGAUGACGGUCAAAAGGAUGACGGAGGAUCGUCUUGGGAGAAAAAGUUUGAUGGAGGAUCAUCAUGGGGUAAGAAGGACGAUGGAGGAUCUUCUUGGGGCAAAAAGGAUGAUGGAGGAUCGUUGUGGGGAAAAAAGGAUGAUGGAGGAUCUUCUUGGGGCAAAGAGGAUGAUGGAGGAUCGUUGUGGGGUAAGAAGGAUGAUGGAGAAUCGUCGUGGGGUAAGAAGGAUGAUGGAGAAUCGUCGUGGGGUAAGAAGGAUGAUGGAGGAUCGUCGUGGGGUAAGAAGGAUGAGGGAGGGUACUCAGAACAAACAUUUGAUAGGGGAGGACGUGGGUUUGGUGGGAGAAGAGGAGGAGGUCGUCGAGGUGGCAGGGAUCAGUUUGGGAGGGGAAGCUCCUUCGGUAAUUCUGAGGAUCCGGCUCCAUGGAGUAAACCAAGUGGCGGAUCUAGCUGGGGCAAGCAAGAUGGCGAUGGGGGCGGUUCAAGCUGGGGUAAAGAGAAUGAUGCUGGUGGUGGAUCUAGCUGGGGAAAGCAAGACAAUGGUGUUGGUUCAAGCUGGGGUAAACAGAACGAUGGUAGUGGUGGUGGAUCUAGCUGGGGCAAGCAGAAUGAUGCUGGUGGGGGAUCUAGCUGGGGCAAGCAAGACAGUGGUGGGGAUGGUUCGAGCUGGGGUAAGCAGGAUGGUGGUGGUGAUAGUGGUUCUGCUUGGGGUAAGCAGAACAAUACUAGUGGUGGAUCGAGCUGGGGAAAGCAGAGUGAUGCUGGUGGGGGAUCUAGCUGGGGCAAGCAAGACGGUGGUGGGGGUGGUUCAAGCUGGGGUAAACAAGAUGGUGGUGGAGGCAGUGGUUCUGCCUGGGGUAAGCAGAACGAGACUAGCAAUGGAUCGAGCUGGGGGAAGCAGAAUGAUUCUGGUGGAGGAUCAAGCUGGGGAAAGCAAGAUGGUGGUGGGGGUGGUUCAAGCUGGGGUAAACAGAACGAUGGUGGUGGUGGGUCGAGCUGGGGCAAGCAGGGUGAUGGUGGUUCUAAACCUUGGAAUGAACAUAGUGGUGGUGGUCGUGGGUUUGGUGAAAGAAGGGGAGGAGGGGGAUUCCGUGGAGGUAGAAACCAAUCAGGCAGAGGAGGAAGGUCGUUUGAUGGUGGUCGAUCAUCUAGCUGGAAAACAGACAAUCAAGAAAACACUUGGAAGAGCGACCAAAGUGGUGGAUCAGACUGGAAAAAAGGUUGGGGAGAGGAUUCAAACAAUAGCAAACCAUCCGGUUCGUCUGCUGGUGGUUGUGCUGGAAACUGGCCUAGCUGGGAUACUAACUCAAAGAAAGAAACCAAUGACAAACCGGGAGACGAUAGCAAAUCAGCUUGGGGAACCAGUAACGAUCAGGUGAAUACCGAUAACAACAAUGACAGUUGGAACAAAAAGCCAAACAAUGAUGUUGGAACAAGUGGAGAAGCUGAUAAUGCAUGGGGCGGCAAAACAAAUGCAGUAGCGCCUUCACCAAGUGGCUCGGCAGCGUGGGGAACCGGUGACAAAAAAACCGGAUGGUAAAAGGGAAAUCCUGAAUUGACUUGUAUAGUAAAACUCUCAUUAUCUCUAUCUAUGUCUCAACUCUAAACUCUAGUUGAAAGCCAUGAGGUAAGUCUUUCUUUAGUCUCUAGACUUUCUUUUGUUUUGGACCCUCAUGGUUCGGUUUGUUUUUGUCGUGACUAAGGCUGAUCAAGGAAGGAUCGACUUUUUUGUAGCUGUUUAUAACCUUUUGGCAUUAUCUCAGUUUUACUAUCUUCACCACAUUUCUAUCUUUGAUUAACGCUUACUACCAGUGAACGCAAUU